GUAACAAAACGUAAUUCAUCUUCAACUGCGCUCGUCUUCCGUUGUUGCUGCAUUCUUAUCUGUCUCUGAACGCGCCAUAUCAAGAAUGGAAGUUUGCGGCGACGUUAUCAGAGUGCAAGCUCUAGCUCAAUCAGGUGUUUCUCAAGUUCCACCUCAGUACAUCCAAUUUCCCGAGAAUCGACCAAUUCACCAGGAUCCAUGUGCCGCCACAACCUCCUCAAGUUUCACCGACUCGGACGCCGAUAUUCCGGUAGUCAACCUGUUCGGGUUCGACCCGGAUCAAAAGAAUUCUGUUCGGGAAGCAAUCCGACGGGCUUGUCGUGAAUGGGGCGCCUUUCAUGUCAAAAACCACGGCGUUCCGGUCAGCCUUCUGGAUGAUAUUAGGCGCGUGGGUCUCACUUUCUUCAACGACUGCCCUAUGUCGGAGAAGCUCCGAUACGCAUGCGAUUCCAGCUCCGCCGCGUCGGAAGGAUACGGGAGUCGGAUGCUUCAGAGCUCAGACCAGCAGCAAAACGACGCGGUCCAAAUUUUGGAUUGGAGGGAUUACUUUGACCACCACUCUUUGCCCUUAUCCCGCCGCAACCCUUCUCGCUGGCCUAGCUUUCCUUCCGACUACAGAGAAGUCGUCACUAGGUACAGCGAUGAAAUGAAAGUUCUGGCUCAGAAGUUGUCGGGUCUAAUCUCGGAGAGUCUGGGCCUGCGAUCUUCGUGCAUUGAAGACGCCGUUGGGGAUUUCUAUCAGAAUAUUACUAUCAGUUAUUACCCUCCAUGUCCUCAACCCGAACUCACACUUGGUCUGCAGGCUCACUCUGAUAUGGGUGCUAUCACGCUUUUGAUCCAAGACGACGUGGGGGGUCUUCAGGUUCUCAAGGAUGGUGCCAAAUGGGUGACCGUGAAGCCUCUCUCUGAGGCCAUUCUUGUUCUAUUGGCUGAUCAAACUGAGUUCUGGACCCGCAUGUCUCAUGUCAUGUAAGUGGAAGCGGAGGCCCCGAUUACAUUGAAGUUCCAAUUCAAGAUAUCUUUCUUCUUUUGGAUAAAUCUUAACUAAUUAACAUAUUCUGGGAUUGAUUACAUUCUGAAAAGUCCUUUUGGAUAUAGACUAAAGAGUAGUCUCUUUAGGAGCGUAUGGAGUAAUACAUUUGACUCAUAUUUGAGGGCUGUCUCCGUGCCAUUCUUAAAAUGAGUUCCUUCUUCACCUAUGGGAAAAAACAUUUAUAUUAUGGGUAUCCUUUUUUCUUCUUCCUCAACAUGCUUUUGCUCUGUGAUAACUAUUUUCUGAUCCUCAAGUCUGGCCAAUCAAGCAGGCUAUCGGGUUCAGGGUUGUGAUUGACAUUGAUGAUCUCUCCUGAGUUGGUAUAGAUUAUGGAAUGUAUUUCCUCUAUUGAAAAUUUGUUUUUACUUUAGAUAAAAAAUGUUGUGAAAAGUUAGAGUAACUUUUUAAAAUUUUAUUGGUGCUUGUUCAUUUGUUAAUAUUUGUAGUUGAGUACAAAUGUCUUUUUGUUUUCAGCUUGAGGUGCUUUUGGCAAAAGCAUUCUUUCAAAAUGUUGAAAUUUCAAAACAUGGCCAAGUGGGCACUUGGUCAUUUUGUUUGACUGCCCCUUAUCUCCCAAGCUGCGACAGUUAAACCAUUUUAAACUCUAAUUGAUAUCUGAAGUUAAUUUACCUAUUUAAUUUAAUAUAAAUUUCCUUCCUUCCAUCCAAUGUUCUUUCCUGGUGGGUCUGGAUGGAAAAUGCAUUUUUAUGUAGGACUCAGUAGAGAAUCAUGUUCAGAAUCUAAUAGUUGUUGUUUAAAUAUACUUCCAUAAAAAGACAAGAAGGAAAGAGGGGGCGAGGGACUUUCAUAGAUACAAGUUUAAAUUUAUCUGUGAUUUGGCAUGUGUAUGUUUAGUUGAGAUGUGAAGAUUCAUGAAGACAAGGUUAGAUUGAUUACUGUUGUCUCUGGAAUGUCUAUAGGCCUCACAACACUACUCAGACCAUUGACACGGGCAAUUGGGUAAUACAUGAUACAAUAUGUGAAUACAAUAUUCUCUAAAAUUUUAAGAGAUGAAAUACAAUAUAUAUAGAUUCAACAAAUUAAGUGCAUGAAAAAAGAUAUUUGUAACAUAGCUACCCAUAAAACCACAAAACAAAUUAAAGCAUGAAUUUCCAAUUUAAAUUAAAUGGAUUUCGAUCAGUAAUCUUUUGAGCCAUUUUGGAACGUUUUGAAGCACGUUAGUAUAUUUCAAAAUGUAUCGAUAUAAAAAAGGCCAAGGCAGACGUUGGAACAUGUGCUCAUAUCCUAUUGCAAUGUUUUUGGUUCAUUGGUGCUUCCUAUAAAAUGGAAGUAUUGUUAAACUACUACUUAGUUUCACUGUUUUCCAUUCUACUGCACAAGUUGUUGCUAACUUGCUAUGGGACUCUAGAAUGCGUUUAGUAGUGGAUAAACACAUUCAUUGACGGAACUGAAAUUGCUAAGUAAAUCGGCUUUCUUUGAAUAAGCAAAACUUGUAUGAUCAAGCAAUUUCUUGUCUAAAUUAAAAUUUCU